UCAAGAGGUGGCGGUAAUGCGCAUUUAUGCUGUUUUGUCAACCAUGAAAACAAACCAAGAAGAACAGAUUGCGAAUAAGUAAAAGAAGAAAACGAAGCUAAUCGAGAAACACUGAGUUACUGAGUGUGUCCUGAGGAGGGCAGUAUUGUUAUGUUUCGGUAACUUAAUUGCACUAUAUUUGCUUUCAGACAUUGUUAUUGACCUUAUCCGCGUGGUGCUUGCAGAUCUAGCGAGCUGUGGCUAACUGAAAGCUACACAUAUACUUUGAUUUCUCAGCUAAAUAACCAAGUUAAGAUCAUUUAAACCAGCAGGGACUCGUUUUUAUACUGUCAGUGGACCAACUACUUGGGCUAACCAUUACACCAAGAAGACCUACGUCAGGUUUAAGCUCGCUGACUCCACAGAUCUGAAAAUGACAUCCAAGAAAGUGGUUGAGCUGUUCUACGAUGUGGUUUCUCCGUACUCUUGGCUGGGCUUUGAGGUUAUGUGCAGAUACAGAACCGUGUGGAAUAUAGAGCUGAGACUGCGCCCUGCCUUUCUGGGUGGCAUUAUGCAUGGAUCUGGCAACAGGCCCCCCGGUCUGGUCCCAAACAAAUUCAUGUAUAUGAACCAGGAUCUGACCCGCUUGGCAAAGUAUUUUAACGUCCCCUUGCAGUCUCCAGCCAAUCCUGCUGAGGCCAUGUUCGAAAAAGGCUCCUUGUCUGCGAUGCGAUUUGUCACAGCAGUACAGGAGAGGGAGAAGGCAGGAGAUGAGCAGGUGGAGCGGGUGUCACGGGAGCUGUGGAGAAGGAUCUGGAGUGAGGACAAAGACAUCGUUGAACCUGCAUCAUUAUCUGAGGCAGCACGGAAAGCUGGUUUGACAGAAAGUGAGAUUGAAGAAGUGCUGAAUUUGUACACCUCAAAGAAGAUCAAAGACAAGCUGAAAGGCUCCUCAGAAGCUGCAUUGGAGUAUGGGGCGUUUGGAUUCCCCAUGAUUGUGUGUCAUUUAAAAGACAAGCCACUGAUGUUCUUCGGAUCUGACAGAUUUGAGCUCAUGGCCGACUGCAUUGGUGAAAAGUGGCUGGGACCUCAGCCUAACAAGUCAGCUGCCAAACUGUGAGAGGAAGAGCUGCCUCACACACUGCUGGUGUGCUCACAGUUUUUUCAAUUAACAUUGCAUUGAAACUCAGAUUCUUUUCUAAUUGUUCAAACUUCUUAUUGCCUGUGCCGUGCCUUGUGAAACCAUUUAUCAUAUUUCAUAUGUAAUUAAAUAACAAAGAUCAGUGUAAAUAUUGUAGUAUACGUAUUAUGUGCCUAUUAAAAGGGACACUGACCACAUGCAGAUGAA